GAAGUUGCGUUCCGUCCAUGACGGAGAUCGUGAGGUUUAAGUUUGAGUUGAAAAUUUUGGUAGAGGAGCGAUAGAAGCGAACACGCAAGUAUGUAACCAAUAAAUCCGUAGACCGUAGCAUAUAUGUCCAAGAAGAAAAUUAUCAUGAUCAAGCACAAAAUUGGCCCAAACAUACUUAUUCAUCUUUAAUCAUGACCGGCAAACCCCAGAUGAAAGUCGUGAUAGUAGGCGGAUCAAUUGCAGGGCUAACACUUGCACACUGUUUAUCACGCUAUGGCAUCGACUAUGUUGUCCUUGAGCGACGCAAUGAUAUUGCGCCGCAGGUGGGUGCAUCUGUGAGUUUGAUGCCAAACGGGUCGCGAAUCUUGGAUCAAUUGGGCAUGUUUGAUACGGUUUCGGAAAAUAUCGAACCGUGUGUUUUUAUGCAGACGUGGGAUGAGGAUGGGAGAUUGCUUUCGGAGACUGAUUCGCCAAUUUUGACGGGGAAGAGGUAUGUGAUUUCUGUUCUGGACAUUUGAAGAGGAAAUUGAAGGGAAUCCAUAAGAAUUAGGAAGCUGAUUUGAUGAUAGAUUGGGGUACACGAUUACUUUCCUGGAGCGUGAGAAGCUGCUGGAGAUUUUAUAUGGAAAUCUUCCUGAUAAAUCGAAGGUUUUGACAGGGAAAUUCGUUAGGUCAAUCGAGCAGAAUGACAAAGAGGCAGUAGUAAUUUGUGAAGAUGGAACGAAGUAUUCUGGGGAUGUGAUCGCGGGUGCAGAUGGAAUCCAUAGUAUCAUAAGAUCAGAAAUGCGACGACAGAUUGCAAAUGAAGGAUCAGAAAAAGAUCUCGAAGCCUUGAAAAGGGAUGACAUUGCUCUUUCGGCGGAAUACAGUUGUUUGUUCGGUAUUUCUAACCCAAUUCCAGGAUUGAAAAUCGGAAAUACGCAUCGCAGCUCAGGAAAGCGUGCUUCAACUUUGUUGUUUGGUGGUGUUGAUGGCCGAAUUUAUUGGUUUCUCUUCACGCAAAAUGAACAAAGGAAUUUUGGUGAAGAUAUUCCACGGUAUAAAAAAGGAGAUGAAACUAACCAUGUUGCAAAACACAUGGAUCAUCACGUAUCUGGAAAUAUUCUCUUUUCCGAAGUCUGGAAACACCGCGUCGUUGCAAAUUUUGUAGCGGUCGAGGAAAUGGAGAAUGAACAUUGGUUUUGGAACCGUGUGGCUUGUCUUGGAGAUUCCAUACACAAGGUUUGUACAAAGUUCUAAGAUGGGAUAAUCUCCCCUGUGCUAACAAUAACUCGUUAGAUGACACCGAAUCUCGGUCAAGGAGCAAAUUGUGCUAUUGAAAGUGCAGCAGAAAUGGCCAACAGUCUAGCCAAAGUCUUGAGAGACGACGGCGGAAAACCUACCAUUGAGGAGAUCAGAAGCGCUUUAUUGCUGUAUCAUGAGAAGCGCAAUAUAAGAGCCAAUUUGAUCGUGAAGGCGGCGAACAAAUUCACUCGUGUAGAAGCUCUUGCUACGACAGGUGAUUGGGUCGCAUCUAUGUUCAUACUUCCCCGCUUGGGUGAUAUUCUUGCCGAUCGAGGAGCAAAGGUUCAGGUGGGAGCUACAAGAUUGGACUGUCUCCCGAUACCAAAAAGAGCAUUGGAAGGGACCAUGCCUUGGAGUAUGAAUUCUGGUAUUGGGAAGAAAAAAAAAAAGAGAGCUCAACUAGCAUUACCGUUCUUGAUUGGUCUUUGGUACUUUUGGAAUAGAAUACCAAGCCCAACAACAGUGGCAGCAGGAGAAUCCUUAUCAGAUGUGAAGUCUGAGACGUUGGAAUCUAUUUUCAAAGUCUUGCCAUUGGUAACCAUUUGGACAAUUGAAAGUUACCGUCGUGGAAACGCUCUCACCAUCGCGAAUAUCUUGUAAGAACCCCCUUCCUUGCCUACCAUACUUUGACGCUGCUAAAAUGAAAUGCAAACAGCCCCACAAUACUCCUUUUGCUGGCUCAAAAGUUCGGGAUUGGACUCAUUGCCCCAAUCUAUUUCUUUUUUCACUAUGUCCAAUCACCACAGGAGAACUUUCUCGCUCUCGACAACAGAUUGACCAAUUUGGCUUUCGCAAAAACUUUUCUUCCGGCCAUACUCCUGAUCUUCUUGGGUCCGUCCUACGCAACAUGGGCGGCAACUGAUUUUAAAGCUGUGCAGUGGAUCCAUGACAAUGUCUGGUACUGGUAUCCUAUCUACCUCACCAUCCUUUUGAGAGUUUUGAAAUAUGUCGUGAAAGACACAACUCGCCUCGACAGGUUACACAAGCCUACAGCAGAUCUGACAUUUUUACGGGUGAUAUACAGCAUUUGCGUGAUUAUCUGUGGCUGCUUUUAUUCAUGUGCAGGCCUGAGCAACUUGACAUCAGUAGCAGCUUCACUCAUUCAAGGACUUCAAUCUCCAAUUCAGCUAGUACAAGCUGGUUUAGAAGCGAACCCAGGAGUAUGGAAGGCGGAGAAGAGCUUUCUUUAUGGUGCUGCAUUUUAUUGGACGUUGCUUCAUUUCGCUGAUCUAAAAUUUGUGGGGAAGUUGGGUAAAAGUUGGCUGGUGAUUCUGGUGGUAUUGCUAUUUUCUACCCUCUUUGCGGGACCUGGAGCGGCUUUGCUAGUGAUGUGGGCAUGGAGAGAGGAGUUAAUGGCGAAAAAGCAUAUAGGCUCUGAGUAAAUUUGAUAUUGUAUGAUUAGCACAAUAAAUGGGGGAUAUUUGUGUCGG